AUGUCAGAUCAGCGAUACUCCAUUUCCCGACCGCUUUCACCACCUAUGCCAUCUUACGAACCUCUAUCAGCCAAUUCGACCAGCUCGACCUCUACCUCUACAGUCAAUGCUUACCCUCGUCAACCCGUUAAGAGGGAAUCUUGGAGACCUGGUCAAGCGUCUUCUUCGUCUACCGGUCAAGGAGUGAAUAUACCUACUGUACAUGCAGCAAAUACAAGCAAUGCGAAUAGAUGGCAAAAUCCAUCUGCAGGACCAUCAGGAAUGUACAGUAGAGAUACCGAAGGAUCCAGGUCACCUGUGUCCAAAAGGGAUAUCAGUCCCUCAAGUUCAAGAGGGUAUGAUAAUAGUAAUAGAGCAAGAUCGGAGUAUAAUGAGGAUGCAGAUAGGGAUAGGGAUAGGGAUAACAGAGGUUGGAAGAGGGAUAACAACAAUAAUAAUAGGAAAAGAAAGAAUUUCGAUGGUAAUGAUGGGAAUUUCAAUAAUAAUAACAAUUACGGUCAAGGCCAAGGACAUGGUAAUAACAAUGGUCCAGGAGGAGGAGGAGGAGGAGAGGAAAGAAGCUGGGCAGCAUGGAAUCAGAAAGUCCAAAAUACCACUAAUCGUCAAGAUGACUUAGAUCGUAAUAAUGAUCGCGAUCGUAAUCGUGACAGGGGAAGGGAUAGAGGUUGGAGGAGAGAUGUGGAUCGUGAUCGGGAUCGAGAUCGUAGAAGAGAUGAUAGAGAUAGGGAUAGAGAUCGAAGGAGAUCAGGUGGUAAAGAUGAUUCGAACUCCAACAACGAUGGAGGAGGUGAUGGUAGAUCAUGGGCAGCAUGGAAAGCCAAGGUGGACACUACAGAGAGAGGAAGAGAGGUAGUGAAUACAAUUGAUCAAAGACGGAAUACCAAUCUGGAUUUGGAAACUGUUAAGAAAGAAGGGUUUUGGACGAAUAGUCGGUAUGAUAACCACCAACAUCAGCAUCAGCAGAGGAAUAGGAAUUUUCAAAGAAGGGAUAGUCCCGAUUAUGGCAAUGGUGGUGGACCUAGCUCGAAUAGGAGAAAUGGAAGGGAAUCACCUGAUUACGCUACGGGACAGAGGGGAAGAAGAGAUAGUCCAGAUUACGGUACAGGCGGCAGAGCAAAGUCUCCUGAUAAUACCGAUCCGGAGAGGCGUCCGCUUGCAAGCAGAUCACGAAAUCGGAGAGAUAGUCCAGAUUAUGGUGAGCCUCGAGUUGGUGGUAGAGCAAGUGAGCCGGGAGUCGGAAGAGGCGCGAGAGAUAGUCCUGAUUAUGGUGUUGGAGGGAAAUCUCGGGAGAGAUCACGUCAGACUUCACCUGAACCUAACGAACGUAAACGCGCACCGUCCUCACCUCGAGCCAAUGAACCCAAGAGACCAAGAGAUCGGUCUCCGUCCGGCUCCCGUCGAGGCUCACCUUCACCGCCUCCAAUCAACCGAUGGGGCAGGCAUGGCCGUCAGUCACCCGAACGUCGGGCUAGAAGUCCACCCUCUGGACCAAGGGGUCAAUCGCAAACUACUCCCGUCAGCAGAAGACAGCCCCUGGCUCCUCAGGGUGAUAUGUUCGUUUCUGGAGGUAACAGUCGGCCAUCAUGGGGUGAAAGGCAUGAAGUUCCCCCUCAAAGAAGAUGGGGUAGAGAUGAGAGGAUGGAUGUUGAUGAGCCCCCGAGAGGAUCAGCUGCUCAGGCUGAUCCCAGCAAUGGAUACACCAGACAAGGUGAAGGCUACAGUUAUGACGCUUACCGUCCAACUCAUGGCCAACGUCCAUUCCCUCCUGUACAAGAACCUGCCUUUGCACAAACCCAACACCCUCCAUUCCCUUCCUCUUCUCAGCCUCCGCUACAACAAUCGCCUUAUAACGCUAAACCCCCACCACCUCCCUCGGAAACACUCAAUUACGGAUCGCCGCCUACCCGUUCGACCAAUAUACUCCAACCGUUUCUACAACCUCCAUCUCAAGAACCUCUUAUCAGCGAAAAUCCAAAUCCUGCUAUCCCUGCUCCACCUCCAGCUGCCAGCGGUCCAAUCAAAAUAGCCGUCAAUGCUAGUCCUAAGAAAGGCUGGAAAUCCAUCUCACCUUCUAAAACUAUACAAAACCUAUUCGAAGCACCAACUUCACCCUCGCAUAAUUCCCGCUCACCAAGCAAAGGUUCAACCACCAGUUUAUCCCCGACUAGACGGUACUCCGAUAAUCCCUCAUCGGCAGUAGCACCUUACAUCCAAGCUGCUUUUAGCUCAUGGUAUGGUCAAGGUAUGAGUCCGCCCAUCGAAAGUUUCUUGAUACAUUAUUUCGGGAGGGAACCUAGUGAUUUUGAAUUGAAUCAAAUUGAGCUGCUCUUACGCAACAAGCAAAGUCAAAAUCAACUUGGUGCAGUAAGAUCUAAAGAUGAUGAUGUGAGAGAAAGAGAUGUUUCACCGGAUCAAUCGAGGUAUACUCGGGGCAGAGGUCAAGAUCAGCCAGUGUGGAGGGACGAAAGGAAUAACAACAGUAAAGAUGAUAAUAGGUUUACUCGUCAGAGGGAUGAUGAGAUGGAUAGGAAUGGUGAUCAUCGAUAUGCGCCUUAUGGAAGGGAGAGGGAGACGAACAGGAGGUUAUCGAACAGUAAUGGAGGUGUGAAUGAUAUACCCGUCAUUCAGAGUAGGUGGACACCUAACAAACCGACUACUUCUACCGUAUCUACAGCAACGCACGGACCUAUCGACACUACGAUCACAAAUGGUACAGUCAAUAACGCACGGACCUCGACCUUGUCAAUUCCCUCGUCCUUACCACAACCUCAAUCUGAUCAACCUUCCCCAGUUAUACAAGCUCAAACAUCGGAAUCUUCCGGCGAGAAUAUACUAUCCACAUCCGAACCUUCCUUCGUGCCCACCACAUCAGGCGAGAUGUACGUCCUUGUCUCUCACGUGGGGGAAGGAACCUACGGGAAAGUGUAUAAAGCGCGUAACACCGAUACUGGCCGGAUGGUCGCCUUGAAGAAAAUCAGAUUGGAAGGUGAAAAAGAUGGGUUCCCCGUAACUGCCAUGAGGGAGAUCAAGUUGCUCCAGGGUGUUAGACAGGAGAAUGUGGUGAGGUUGUUGGAGAUUAUGGUUUCGAAAGGAAACGUUCAUAUGGUAUUCGAAUAUAUGGAACACGACUUGACCGGUCUCCUUUCCCAUCGGACACUCAGAUUCUCCCAAGCCAAUAUCAAAUCAUUAAAUCAUCAAAUGUUAAAUGGUUUAUCGUACUUACAUUCCAAGUCAAUCUUACAUCGAGAUAUGAAAGGAUCGAAUAUCCUAUUGAAUUCGAAAGGUGAAUUGAAAUUGGCGGAUUUCGGAUUAGCAAGAUUGUACUCCAAGAAACAUCUGGAUGAUUAUACCAACAGAGUUAUUACGCUCUGGUAUAGGUCUCCUGAGCUCUUGAUGGGGGAGACGGUAUACAAGAGUGAGGUGGAUAUGUGGUCUGCUGGCUGUAUUGUAUUGGAGAUAUUCACAACGAAACCGAUAUUUCAAGGAUCAGAUGAGAUCAACCAACUGGAAGUGAUAUAUAGUAUAAUGGGUACACCAAAGGAAUCACAAUGGCCUGGUGUGAAAGAAUUACCAUGGUACGAAUUGGUGAAACCGAAGGAGGCUAUCGAAUCGAAAUUCAGGACGGCUUUUGAGAAAUGGUUAUCUCCCGCUGCUUUGGAACUUGUCGAGGGUCUUUUACACUUCGAUCCAUCUAAAAGACUCUCAGCGAAAGAUGCUAUGAAGACUCCUUAUUUCAUAAACGAACAACCUCCUAUGGAAAUGCCUACCCAAUUGGAUAAUAUUGGAGAACAUCAUGAGAUGAGUGCCAAGCAGGAUAGACAGAGGAGAAGACAGAUGGAGGGUAGGUGA